AUGGAUAUUACAGACGCUUUUGAGGUGGAAACACGUCCAUGUACCACAUCUGGAUCGACAAGUUCUAUGAGAUUGAAUUCUCAGAUAUCUUUGCCUUCGGUUCCCAACCCCCUUUCACGAGUUCAGCGCGUUACUACUUUCGCACGGGGCUUGACGCCAAGGGUCAAUGUGUCAAGGAGGCUAGCUAAGAGGCAUCUGCGCUUAUCGCUUUCGUCCUUUACCACAUCGCUGAUUCGGAGGGUUCAGCACAUUGUUGCUUUCACGCGAAACUUGACGCAGAGGGUCAUAACAAUGAUAAAGACUCACUUGCGCCCAUCUCUUCUACGUGCGGCUAUUCAAGAAGCAUGCACGCCAGGUUGCAAGCACCGGCAACCUGGAGUUGCUACCGAAGUUGACACCUCUCUUUACGCUGUGCGUGUGCCGACUUUCUACAGCGGUUCAACGGGGGAGGUAUUGUUUACGGCGUCUGGUAUUCUUCAACUAUCAAUGGCGAUGUAUUUCGGUGGCCUUCACUGUGUGGCAUGGAAUUUUGUUUUCCCGACAAGGGAGCUUUGUCAGCUGUGGAGAGUUUCUGCCAUUACUCUAACCUCAAUUCCCCUUUAUUACCUGAUAUAUGUAUGGGGGAUGCAGGCCUACUACGAACAUCAAGUUCUCGCAAUACGCAGACGCUUUCUAUGGACGGAUUUCCGGUGCAAACGGCUACCGAGAUCCGUGCGUAGAAUAUUCUACUACUCAGGCAUGUCGGUCAUAAUAUGGAUCGUACAGAUAAAAUUUUAUCGUUUUGGACGAGUGUUACAGCAACUUCUAAAGUUUCUCUAUCUUGCCGCUCGGAUCACUCUUAUCAUUCUGCCCUUCAUUCUUUUGCAGGACCAUCCUUCACGUACACUCGAAGAGGUCGAAUGGACCAACUAUAUUCCUCACGUAUCUUGGAUGUUUUCCCAGUAG